AUGUCUUUCUUUUCAAACAUCAAGCGAUUCCACCACAACAAUGUCGCCACGCUGCGCAGCUCACCGCUGGCCGAGAUCUCGGGCGCGCUCGGCGAUCUCGGGACCCUGCUGCCGCUGAUGAUCACGCUCGCCGUCAACGGCUCCAUCUCGCUGUCGACGACACUGGUGUUUUCCGGCUUCUUCAACCUCGUCACGGGUGUGGUAUUCGGCAUUCCGCUGCCUGUGCAACCUAUGAAGGCCAUCGCAGCAGCAGCCAUCGCCUCACGUGCCUCGGAGCGAGAGACUAUGGCCGCUGGUAGCGUGACCUCUGUCAUCGUGCUCGUGCUCAGCAUAACGGGGCUACUACACUGGGUGACGCGAGUAAUCCCAAUCCCAGUAAUAAAGGGAAUCCAGUUCGGCGCCGGCCUAUCCCUCAUCAUCUCCGCGGGCACAUCGCUGCUACAGCCGCUGACGCACUCCUGGAGCGUCCCGCUCGACAACCUGGGCUGGUCGCUUGGGGCUUUCCUGCUGCUCAUCCUGACUCAGAAAGCCGCGCGCUUCCCCUACGCACUCAUCGUCUUUGUGGUCGGGUUGAUUCUGGCUUUCGUGUUCGUGGCUACGAGUGACGGUCCUCAGAUGCCCUACUUUCGCGUCUGGCAACCCUUUGUUCGCCUUCCCUGGUGGAGCGCCGACGCCGUCGGCAUGGGCAUUGCGCAGCUCCCGCUCACGACGCUGAACUCGGUCAUCGCCGCGGGUGCGCUGGCAUCAGAUCUGCUGCCGGAUAUUCCCGCGCCGAGCGUCACGGCUCUUGGGCUAAGCGUCGCUGUUAUGAACCUGUUUGGCUGCUGGUUCGGGGCCAUGCCCGUGUGUCAUGGAGCCGGCGGGCUGGCGGCGCAGUAUCGGUUUGGAGCCCGGAGCGGGGCUAGUAUCAUCAUGCUGGGCUUGUUCAAGGUUGUUCUUGGCAUUGUCUUCGGCGAAACACUACUAGACCUGCUCCGGGGAUUCCCGAAGAGCCUGCUGGGUAUAAUGGUCAUAGCCGCUGGCUUGGAACUGGCAAAGGUGGGACAGAGCCUCAAUAACGGCGCCUCGGACCUGUGGGAGUCCUCGGUCGAGCAUAGCAAGCGUCAUCGGGAUGUCUCGGACGGGGAGAGAUCGGAGCGCUGGACCGUCAUGCUUAUGACGACCGCGGGGAUCUUGGCUUUCAAGAAUGAUGCUGUGGGCUUUGUGGCCGGCAUGCUAUGUCAUUACACGUACAAGCUGGUCGAGUGGGCUGAGAACAGAAGGCGUGGUGGGCGUGGACUAGGGGAUAGGGAGCCGUUGUUGCGUUAG